AUUGUAAAGAUAGGAAAAAUAAAUCCAUGCCGCUGCUUCCAAGUUGCAACGUCAUAGACCUUCCUGUUUACUGUUGUUAUUUGCGUAGGUCGUACACUGACCGCGUGUUCCAACUUUCAACAAUAAAAUUUAUAUUUUACAUUUUAUUUGCGACGCGCGUGUCUGACAUUUGUUAAUUUGUUAUUAAUCAUUAUUACAACUUACGAAUUGUGUGAUACAUUUCUUUAUUGUUUUUUUCUUUUUUAAUUUUUAUAUUAUUAUAAAUAUUAUUAUGGCCGAUGCUGAUGUUGAGAGCUUGGGACCUGGAACAAUAUAUUGAUGUUUUUCAAAAUGAAGGCAAAGACAUUACUUGUUUGAACAUUUUAACUGAAGAUAUGAUGAAAGAACUUGUUCCUAAAAUCGGUCAUAGAGCAAAACUUAAAGCAAAUGUAGAUGAAUGGAGAAAAGUACUAGAUUUAACCAAUGAUACUCAAACUACAUUUAUGAUGGACAUAUCUUCUCCUUUGAAUCUUGAUGUUGAAUCACCAACUACUUUAUCAUUAGGAAGUGAUACAGGUUUUAUAUUAAGUCCAUCAGACUCAGAUAUUUCCAUCACACCUCUUGACUCUUCUGUUAAUCAAUAGAUACUAAGACAAACAUCUAAUUCAUCUAAUUCAAAUCAGAUAUAUGUUCAACACUCAAAUGUAGAUGUAACAUGUCAUUCUUCAAAAC